GAAAGUUUGUGUGCAUACAAAAUAUGAGAUCCCAAGUGAAGUGUCAGAAGACAUAUCAUUGAUAGUCUAGUUGUAAUUGUCGUACUUAUAACUUGCAAUAAAGGGCAUCUAAAACCCAAUCAUAUUUUUAACCAAACCUUUGCACAUUGGAAUUUGAAAACCAUAAUAAAGAAGCUAUAUUCUGUGCACGCAAACAACUAGUACAACUACAACAAUAAGAUCCUUCAAUCAUACCUUUCACAUAUCCAAUUACCCUUUGUUAACUAUCAUCAAUAUAUAGAAUUCAAGCUUAACCAUGGAAAAAUAUGAGAUAAUUAAAGAUAUUGGAUCAGGAAACUUUGGUGUUGCAAAGCUUGUCAGAGAAAAAUGGAGUGGCGAGUUAUAUGCUGUUAAGUUCAUUGAAAGAGGCUUCAAGAUUGAUGAGCACGUGCAAAGGGAGAUUAUAAAUCACAGGUCCUUGAAACAUCCCAAUAUUGUUAGAUUUAAAGAGGUGUUGCUCACUUCAACUCAUUUAGCAAUAGUGAUGGAAUACGCUGCUGGGGGUGAACUGUUUGAAAGAAUAUGUAGUGCUGGUAGAUUCAGUGAGGACGAGGCAAGAUAUUUCUUCCAGCAGUUGAUUUCUGGAGUUAGCUAUUGCCAUUCAAUGGAAAUUUGCCAUAGAGAUCUUAAGCUCGAAAACACACUUUUAGAUGGAAGCUCGGCACCACGGCUCAAAAUAUGCGACUUUGGUUACUCGAAGUCAUCUGUUCUGCACUCCCAACCAAAAUCAACUGUCGGAACCCCGGCUUAUAUCGCACCAGAGGUCUUAUCAAGAAGAGAAUAUGAUGGAAAGAUUGCAGAUGUUUGGUCUUGUGGGGUGACUUUGUAUGUGAUGCUUGUUGGUGCUUAUCCUUUUGAAGAUCCAGAAGAUCCAAGAAACUUUAGAAAAACACUUCAGCGAAUUCUUAGCGUCCACUAUUCUAUUCCAAACUAUGUCCGCAUAAAUCAAGAGUGCAGACAUCUUUUAUCAAGAAUAUUUGUAGCCAAUCCAGAGAAGAGAAUUACCAUACCAGAGAUAAAAAUGCAUCCAUGGUUUCUAAAAAACUUGCCACUAGAAUUCACAGAGGGUGAAAAUAAUAAUUUACAAAUUGAUGAAAACAAUUCAUCAUCACAAAGCAUAGAAGAAACACUGUCCAUAAUUCAAGAAGCUAGAAAAGCAGGGGAUGGUCCAAAAGUGGGCGAGCAGUUUGUUGGAGGCAGUAUGGAUCUUGAUGAUUUAGAUGCAGAUGCUGACAUAGAUGACAUCGAAACUAGUGGUGAUUUUGUUUGUGCUUUAUGAAUAAUGAUGAUGUUUGCUAUUCUUCCUUAAAAGUUGUUUCAAGAUAACAUGUUUCUUUUUUCCAUCCUCCUUAACAAUGUAAGGUUUUGAUUGAUUUUCCUUUCAAUGGAAGUUACUUGUCUUGAUCUAAUGGUUAAGUGGAGAAUAUAUGAUAUAGUGUUGUUGAUUUCUUGCUUUA